AUGACUGCACCCACAACCCAACAAUAUUCCGCCAUCCCCGUCGACGGGCAGCCGCAGGGGCAGCGCAUGUCUGUUCGUGAACAGGGAAAGCGGCUCUCCCAGCUUGCCAGCCCCUUGGGAGACUUGAUCGACCUCAAUCGUGCCCAGUUCGCAACGGCCGCUCCCAGCACGCCGUACUCGAUUUCAUUCCCGGACACCCGCUCCCCUCCGGCCAUAGAAUCAGCUACCAUCGCCGGGCGGACCCCUAAGUCUAGCAUCAGCAACCAGAGUGACACGACAGCUGUUGCGUCGCCAGGAUCAGAGACUCGGAAGGCUGUCUUGGGCAGCGAUGACGUAGAGGCGCACAGCAAAGGCCGAGUACUGCAUGCAGCCAAUAAACCCUGGCCUCUGCGCCGGCGAUUCUCCGUAACCCUCGUCUUGGCCAUGCUCGCCUGUGCGGUGACAUUGGUAGUGUUGCCAUUCACCGGCAAGGGAAAGGCAGGGUGGGACACACCUGUCUUGAUCAAGUUCGCACAAGCGAGUGGCUGGAGCCAUCUGCUUUUUACCAUCCCUCCCAACAUCUUGUCUAUGUUGAUCUCCGCACUCUGGUGUUGGACGGACGCUGAACCCCUCCUCAAUCUCGCAUCGCGACCUGUCAUUGCAGAGCGGUCGUUGACUCUGGACUACAGCAACGUAUUUGUGGCGUUCUUUAUGACGGUCAAAUGGGGCCGAGAUGUCCUGGUCACUUUGUCGACCUUGUGCGCCAUCCUCAGUAUGGCUCUACAGCCAUUGAGCGGCGCCCUGUUCACGGUGCGGGAGGUGUGGUGGGUGCAACCCGCUACCACGGUCAGCAGCAUUAAGCGGGUCGGACUCAGCCAGGCUGCCAGUUUCUUGGAUAUGACUUCUUUCCAAGCGGCAUCGAGCUUCGCUUCGGCCGACGUCAUGUACAACAUCAGUUCGCCGCCAUUCGUGUCCGGAGGUUACACCGUUGCCGAGUUCGAGCUCCCCGAUGUCGUCAACGGCACCGUGUACACCAAUCGGUCAGCAGUCCUCAACCAGGCGUCAUGUGUCGCACCAGACAGCAUCGCUCAGACCAACGUAAUCAGUGCGCCGCUGAUCUGGCACAACACGGCGUUGUUCGGUCAAUGCGAGUAUCAGUGGACCGUCGAAAGCAAUGCGACUUACCUCUACGGACUGGCACCGGGGAACUUCGUGGGGUGCGGUCAAGAUCUCGAGAGCGUUCCAGUGCAGUACCGCCCGGUGCUAUUCUGGUUCUUCAAGUACGGGGAACAGCCGAGAGCGUCGAUGGUCCUUUGCACCCCGCACGCGACCAGCCUACAGGUAUCCGUCGCGAUAGACGUCACGGCGCGGACGACGGAGGUGGUGCCUCUACCCGCUUUUCCAGACGACACCAGCGUCGCGGACAUCGGCUCUUUCGCCUACAACGGUAUCUUCUUCGAUGAGUCUGCCCUGGACGAGACGGCGCUGGCACGGCUCCAGGCGAUCCAGCAGCAGCUCCCGGGGGCGAUCUUUGAGGCGGCACGCAACAAGGAUCCUUUCCUCAUGCAGACGUUCAUCAACUAUGGCUUUACCGCGCUGACGCGUGACAUAUACACCACGUAUCUCAGCCUCGUCGCCAAGAGCGUGUACUUCGUCGAUGACGACGAAAACGCGCAAGUCUCCGUGCGCGUCGGCACCAUCUGCAGCCGCCUCUUCCUAGUGCCUUUGGCGGCCUGCCUGCUCUCACUAGUGAUGUUCUUGCUGUUCUUGGGCGGGAUCGCCCUGCACGUCUUCCACUUCAGGGCGCGCCGCGGCCUAGUCAUCCCUCCACACUUCGGCACGCUCAGCGCCGCCAUCUGGCUCGCCGCGCAGACGGACCUCAUGCGCACGCUCGCGGAGGACAGCGUGGGCCCCGAGAAGAUCGGGAGCGUGCUUUCGGGGCUUCGCUUUUACAUCGACAAGAGGGCGUGGCGGAUCUUCAGCGUCCCGGACGACCGGCCGCGGAAGGACCACCGGAUGGGCAGGUGCGUCGCGCGUCUCCGCCGGAUGACUGCCGCGUUGUUCUCGCGGAAGGCGGCCGCUGUCGGGGAGCCUGCACUUUCGGUUUGACGAUGCUAGGGCGCGCGUACUCCAAAUUUCCGCCGGCCCUCUGUGCCGGCCUUCUACUCUCAAGUCUAUGUUUAAUGUUAAUGGCUGUCUCCCUCUCCCUCUCCCGCAUCUCGCACUGUUAUGUAUACUAAUUCGUUCGAUUAUCCAUUACAUACGCAUUUUCGGUCCACCCCGCCAGACGGGUACCAUUUACAUUGUCCGCACACCAUCGUA